UCCUCCCUAGCACAGUCCGUUUUCGCCCCGUGGCGUGCGCGGCGCGUAGCCGGUGCACCAGGCGCACUUAGGUCCCCGGACCCCGCUCCCCGCCGGGGACCCCGCGCUCCGCUGCCCUGCGCCGGAAGCCUCUGCGCCGCCCCUUCCCCGCGCCGCUGGCCUUAUCUCUGCGCGCAGGGGCCUCCGGGGAGUGGCGGGCGCCGGGAGGGAGCGGGUGGCAUGGUCCGGGGGCCCCGGGGCACGCGCCGCUCGCCGGGUCGCCGGGUGCCGCGGCUGCUGCGGCUUGUGCUACUGCUCGGCUUGGCCCGCGGUGUCAGCGGAGAACCGGGCACCGACGACCUAGGUGUCUGUGCCACAUGCCAUGAACACGCCACAUGCCAGGAAAAGGACGGGAAGAGGAUCUGCAUUUGCAACUAUGGCUUCUGGGGCAACGGGAGGACACGGUGUGUUGAUAAAGACGAGUGCCAAUUCGGAGCCACUGUGAUCUGUGGGAGCCACACCUCCUGCCACAACACACCUGGAGGGUUCUACUGCAUUUGCCACAAAGGCUAUCGGGCUACAAAUAACAACAGGACAUUCAUUCCCAACGAUGGCACUUUCUGUACAGACGUAAAUGAGUGUGAAGUUCCUGGCCUGUGCCGUCAUGGAGGUCAGUGUAUCAACACUCCUGGGAGCUUUGAAUGCUACUGCAUGGAAGGAUACGUGGCAAAGGGCGGUCCCGAGCCUUUCCACCCAAGCAUAGACGGCACAGCAUGCACAGAAAUAAACUGUGGCCCCCCUCCUGAAGUCCCUGGUGGCUACAUCACAGGGAAUUACAGCUCCACGCUGGGCGGUCAGGUCCGUUACAGCUGCAAAGAGGGGUUUCUCAGCAUCUCGGGAGAUGGAGUUUCACGCUGCACGGCCCUGGGCACGUGGGAAUCUCCGACGUUACAUUGCCAAGAGAUCAGCUGUGGCAGCCCUCCCGCAGUCCAGAACGCCAUCUUGGUGGGGAAUCCCACCUCCAGCCUGGGCAGUGUGGCUCACUAUGUCUGUCAGGAGGGCUUCGAGAGUCCUGGAGAAAAGAUCACUUCUGUUUGCACGGAGAAAGGCUGGAGUGAAAUCACGUACACAUGCACAGAAAUAGUGGUCGAAAUUCAUGAUGUGUCUGUGUUUAAUGACAGCUGUGUGAGGUGGCACAUAAGCCCAGAAAGCAUAAACUCCAAGAUCAUGUACAUGAUAAACAUUGAAAGACAGCAGUCGAAUGCUGUGGAGUCUGCUCGCGAGGAGACAGUCAACGUGACCACAGACAACAGGACCCCAGAAGUGUGCCUUCACCUCCAACAAGGCGCCAACUACACCGUGCGCAUUUCUGCGGCCCCUCCCCGGCGCUCCGUGCCCGCCAUCCUUGAUUUCCAGAUGGCUGAAGAUGAUCUCUUAGAAGAUGGUGGAAUUCUCAAUAUUUCAGUAUUUAAUGACACGUGUUUGAAGUUGAACAGGCGUUCUAUGAAAGAUGGAUCGGAACAAAUGUAUCAAGUGGAAGUUCUGGGUCAGAGGUGGUAUCUGGAGAGCUUUUAUCAUGCAACUUUCUUUAACUUCACAACAAGAGACCAAGCUCCGGAAGUGUGUUUAGAGCUGUACCCAGCCACUGAUUACACAAUAAACAUCACCCUCCUGCGACCCACCGAGCCACACUCGGCACAAAUAAGCCUAACAACCGCACUAACAGCCAAACAAACCAUCACUAAUAUUUCAGUAUACAAUGAAACCUGCCUGAGAUGGAGAAGCCUGAAGACGGCCAAUGCACAAGAGCUGUAUUUAUUCCACAUUUGGGGCCAGAGAUGGUAUCAGAAGGCAUUUGUUCUGGAAAUAAUCUUUAACAUCACCAGUAGCAGCCAGGCCCCUGAGAUCUGCCUGGACCUGCAUCCGGGUACCAACUACAAUGUCAGCCUUCAGGCUCUGUCUUCAGCACUUCCUGUGGUCAUCUACCUGACAACCCAGAUAGCAGAGCCCCCACUUCCGGAAGUAGAAUUUUUCAGUGUCCAAGGAGGGCCUCUACCACACUGCCGGCUGAGGAAAGCCAAGGAUGUAAAUGGACCGAUCAGCUCCUACCAGUUGCUGGUCCUUCCUUUGUCCUUGGAAAGCUCAUUUUCUUGUGGAUCUGAAGGCAUGACUUCAUUUUUUGGCAACACCUCUCUUGCUGAUGGCUAUGUGGCUGCGGAAAUAUUGGCCAGUGAUGUUCCAGAUGAUGCACUGGAGAUACCUGUCGGAGACAGGCUGUACUAUGGGGAAUAUUACAACGCCCCUUUGAAACCAGGACACGAUUACUGCAUCCUAGUACGGAUCACAAGUGAAUGGAAUAAGGUGAUUCUAGAUUGCAUUGAGUUGACCACACCAACCAUUGUGGACUUCUGCUUCCCCCCAGGUGAGAAGAUACUCCUGUGCCAUCUGGGCCGAGGUGAAAGACUCGUCCCUCACGCCGCAGCAGAUGGUGGGUGUCGGACUGGGCUCCGUGGCUUUUGUGACUAUUCUUGCAUUCCUCUCCUUCUCAGCGGUGUGAUGGCUGGUGUGCACCGCCUGGAAAUACUGCCUUAUGAUGGACAGCUGUUUCUACAGCUUUUCAGGUGCCUGGGCUGCGUGACUUCCAUCCAGAGCCCUUGUGUGAACCUGAAACCUUCUCCAUCCCAGCAUGGCCUCAUCCCUGAAUUCAAGAUGGCACCAACCCUAUCUCUAUGGAAUUUUCCAGAAGGAGAAAACUUGGGAACUGUUUUAUGUGCUUCAUGCUUUCAGGAUCAGUGUGUGUCCAUGAACUUGAGACUCAUGCCCAGUGUAAUACUGACUACAGGUCACAGCUCUGAGAGUCAGCUCCCAUACUGACCACAGGCCACAGCCCUGAGAAUCAGCUCCUGUAGACACUGGCUGUGCCCAGGCCAUAGACCCUGAGAUGUGGAGUCACUGGAUCUUACUUUAGGUACCUCUGCUAAUUAGUUCAGGGUUCAUUCUUUCACAGUAGGUAAUGAGAUGGACUUAAGUCUGGGCUGGAACUUAGUUUUGUGAAGGAGGUCGUUGGAUAAAGAACAGUGUCAUGAACAAACGUUUCAAACAUUUUAGAAUUAGCCCUUCCCUACAGUUUACUGAUGAACUAAUUAGAAAAUACAGUAACGUGGCCACCCUCUCGGGUUCCCUGCAUGACUGUUAGGCAGCCUGGCUUUGAUACAAUUCUAGUUGUUUAUGUGAGAUCAAAAGUAAUGCCUACUUUCCAGUAAAACACAUUCUGUAA